CUUGUUUGAGAACUUCCUCAGAUAAAAGAUUCAAGUAAAAAUUAAACAAGACGAAACAGAUCCUGAGAGAACAGGGGUGUUCGUAUUGAAAGAAAUCCUGAAGAGAGAAAAGGAGAUAGAUCUGCGUUUGGCACUCGGAUGGAUCUGAAGAUGAUAGGGAGGCGAGCCGGAACAAGUCGACUCAACAGGCGAAGGAACGAUUCCAAGCUGGGCCGCCUGGUGGCCUUCUUGCAAAUGGCAGAGUUCGAGAUCGUCUUCUUCUGUGUUGUCGUCGUCGCUUUCUUCACCUUCAAGCAACUCACGGCGAGGCCGGAGUACAAUCAAAUUCUGGUGAAGAAGCCCGGUGGGCCUGAUUUUUGGCCUCACUAGAGGUAUCAGAAUACUUUAUUGUUUUUCCUUUGUUUCUUAAUUUCCGUUUGCUAUCUUUGUUUCGAUAUAUUGAAUUGUCAGAAUUUAGACAAAUAGGACGAUUGAUGUUCACGCUGAAGAUAUGUGUAAAUCCAACAACGAUUAACUGAUAUUCGUCUAAUUUGAUCGAAUAAAUCCUAGAAAUCCGUGUAGAGAACAGAUUGAUCUUCAUUAUCAUGUCUGGCUUCAACUUCAAGGUUAGGGUUGUGGUUAUAGAACUUGAGAAUCA